AUGGGCAUUCAUUAUAAGUUCAUGAGUGCGAAAGAUUACAAUUCAAUUCCAUUAGAUAAUGCUUUUAUCUCUGUUCUUUUGUUGAAAAGGAAAAUUGUUGAAUUGAAUUAUAAAUCAAAAAAGAAUUCUGAUUCUAAUGGCUUGUGUUUGGGCACUGAUUUUGAUCUCUUAUUAAUUGAUGCUCAAACUAAUGAAGAAUAUACUGAUGAUUCAAUGUUAAUUCCUAAUAAUUCCACUGUCUUGAUUCGCCGUCUUCCUGGAACUCGUGCUGGCUCUGCAAGUACUAUUACUGAUAAUACUGGUUCUGCUAGUACUAGUAGUAUUGGUUCAGGCAUUAAUGAUUCUGGUUCUAGUAGUAAUAUUGGUUUAUAUAGGAGUAUGAAUGCCUCUGUCACUGCUGCUGCCACCAAUUCUAGUUCUGGUUUUGUUUCUCGAAUGACAAAAUCUACUCUGGACUCUAGAUUAUUUGAUAAUGGUUUGUGUCCGAUACCUGGUAUGGGGUCUAGCACGAAUCUGGAUGAAUUGGAUGAUGAGGAUAGAAAGAUUAAAAUUCUAGUCAAUACUCCGGCAUUGCCAGGUUGGGGACUUGGGAGCGAAAGUGUUGGGGUUGGCAGAGUUGUCCGAAGAAUGGUGGUUGGGGUUGGCAGAGUUGUCCGAAGAAUGGUGGUUAUGCACUGCCCUACUAAUCGUGAUCCAGAUUAUGAUUUUAAAAGAAUGAGGCCUCCUACUGGUAUUUCCAAGUCUAUGCUGAUGGCAAAUCCAGAUGGCUAUUCUGAAUUGUUGAAUGUUGCUGCUGCUUGUACUGGUGUUUUGCAGACAAAUGAGAAAGAAAUGGAAUGCUCAACUUUGAAGAGAGGAAGAGAGCACGGCUUUUUACUGAUAUUCCGGAAGAACUUCUCUGUCCUCUGUGUAAGCAAGGAUCAUCUACUUCUUUCUAAGCUGAACUGUGUUUGUGGAGCAACAGAAAUGCUUACAGAUUAUCUUAUUCCGAAUAUAACUCUUCGGAAUACAAUUAAUCGCUUUUUAGGGUCUGGUUCUGGUAGUAGCAGUAGCCGUGAAAGUGCUAAAAGCAAUUCUGUUCAAAUUGAGAACAAGCAAUCAGCUUAUUGUUGUUCAACAAUUCUAUCUGCUGAAUCACUGCUGAAUUCAUCGAGAAAGAGCAAAACAAUCCGACUCGACACAAACAAUCUGCUAAAGACAGCCGAUGAAGAAGUCCAGCAAAAGACAGUUUCUAUGUGA